AUGUAUUGCCAGAAGUGCCGCGCCCCGCUCAGACUGGACAACUCGGUCGAGGAUCUGAACCCGGCUGCCUAUGAUCUGCUCGUUGCUACACAUUCUCAACAACAACAAACGCUCAAGAAGCAAGCCCCAUCCUCGUCCCGCACCCCCAUCCUCCAAUCCCAAGAACGGGCAAGGAAGCCCGUCUACGACCAAGCCGCGAACCAUGGCAGCCACGCUACCUUCAAACGACACAGCGGUCCGGGGAGGGGCGACGGCCAGCUGCGCGAUACCUCCAUGUCCUUCAUCCUUCUAACCGAAUCCCAGAUUGCCCCCCCCGGCGGUCUCGCCCAGCAGAGAAACACCCACCCGCGGUACCCUGAUGGCACAUCGUCCCUCCAUUCCCGAGGUGGCAGCAAUAGCGGCAACGGUGGCGGCAACAGUGGUGGCCACGACGGGCCCGGCGACGAGGAUGACUCCACAAAGUCGUACGAGAUGGAGCGCAUUGCCAAGCUCUUUGAGAUCCUAUCCGCGCGCUCAGACAUCGACCAUCCCGUGUGCGUCGAGUGCACGGAGCUGCUGCUCGAGGAGGUGCAGAAGAAGCUCGAGCUGACGACACGAGAGCGAGAUGCCUAUGUAAGCUACGUUAAGGAGAUGCAAGCGGGCGCACCCACGGACGAAGAGCUACAGGCACAAGAGCAGUCGCUGCGGGCGGCCAGGAAGGCCGAGACUGAGGCGCUCGCCGAGCUACGACGGCUCGAGGAAGUCAAGGCGUCAAUGGACGCGGAGCUGGCGGCGCUUGAGGACGAGUCGCAGGAGCUUGACGGGCAGGAGGAAACCUUCUGGCGUGAGCGCAACGCCUUCGCCAGCCGCUUGGACGACUUCCAGAACGAGCGCGACAGCGUCAACAGCAAGUUCGACCACGACUCGCGCCAGCUCGAGAAGCUGCAGCGCAGCAACGUCUACAACGAUACCUUCUGCAUCAGCCACGACGGCACCUUUGCCACCAUCAAUGGCCUGCGUCUCGGCCGCCUCUCCAGUAAGCCUGUCGACUGGCCCGAGAUCAACGCCGCCUGGGGCCACGCCCUGCUGCUUCUCGUCACCGUCGCCGACAAGCUGGCCUACCGUUUCGAGGGCUACGAGCCGCAGCCCAUGGGCUCAACGUCGCGCAUUGUGCGCCUAGACCCGGCGUCACCAGCUUCGAGCCGGCUUAGCAGCGGCCCCGCGAGCGCCCCGCCGCCGCCGCCUAAGCGCCACGUCCUCGACCUAUUCUCGAGCGGCGACAUGCCCCUCGGUCUGACGUUCAUGCACCGCAAGUUCGACAACGCCAUGACGGCCUUUCUCGAGCUCGUGCGCCAGCUUAGUGCCCACGUUCAGCUGCAGACGGUCGCCGACGGCACCCCGCUCGCCCUCCCCUACCGCAUCGAGGGCGACAAGAUCGGCGACGUCAGCAUCAAGCUUGGCAUAGCCCAGGACGACGGCUGGACUAAGGCUUGCAAGCUGACAUUGACGUGCUGCAAGUUCCUGCUCGCCCACGCCAGCAAUGUGAGCGCCAUAUCAAAUGGUCGUAUAGGUGCCUGA